AUGGCAAAAGUUUUGCAGCAAUGUCAAUUGAUUGUUUGGGAUGAAUGCACGAUGGCACAUAAAAAAUCGUUGGAGGCUUUAGACAGAACCUUAAAAGAUAUACGGAGCAAUCAUAACCUAUUUGGUGGUGCAAUGAUUUUAUUAGCAGGAGAUUUUCGGCAAACAUUGCCAGUGAUUCCACGAUCAACGCCAGCUGAUGAACUCAAUGCAUGUCUAAAAUCCUCAAAUUUAUGGAAACAUGUCAAAAUACUUCAUUUAAGCAAGAAUAUGCGUGUCGAGUUGCAAAACGAUCAAUCUGGAAACAUAUUCUCUAAACAACUCAUUGACAUUGGUAAUGACAAAUUUCCUGUAGACAUGUUGACUGGCUGCAUUAACUUUCCUCGAAGUUUUUGUCAGUUAACUCGAUCAAAAGAUGAACUUAUUCAAAAGGUGUAUCCAGAUAUUGCUCGCAAUUACAGAGACCAUGAUUGGUUGAGCGAACGAGCUAUAUUGGCUGCAAAAAACAUAGAUGCAACUAACCAAGAUGAUGUAGUCAACUAUCCACCAGAAUUUUUAAACUCGCUGGAUUUACCAGGAUUGCCACCUCACAAUCUUAAAUUAAAGAUUGGAUCGGUAGUUAUAAUGUUGCGAAAUAUCAACCAACCGCGUCUGUGCAACGCCACACGGUUAGCGAUAAAAAAAUUACUGAACAACGUGAUAGAAGCAACUAUACUGAAAGGAAAGUAUAAAGGAGAGGAUGUUCUCAUACCGUGCAUCCCAAUGAUUCCGACUGAUGUGCCAUUUGAGUUUAAACGACUACAGUUUCCAGUGCGGCUUGCUUUUGCUAUGACCAUAAACAAGUCCCAGGGGCAAUCAUUAAGUGUUUGUGGUAUUAAUUUGGAAAACCCAUGUUUCUCACAUGGUCAAUUAUAUGUUGCCUGUUCCCGUGUUGGGAAACCAUCAGAUUUGUUUGUCUAUGCGCCAGGUGAUCAAACAAUAAACAUCGUAUACCACAAAGCACUACAAUGA